CACCAAAAAACUCACACUCUCUCUUCUUCUUCUAAACAAAAAAACAAACACUAUGGACACUGUGAUCGGAUCAAUCGACACGUGCAACCCAGCCACAGGCGACAUCUGCCGUCCACCAAACGGCGCCGUCUCCACCGUCCAAACCUCCACUCCCCCUCACUCCACCACCGUCAACCCCUGCGACGCCACCCUCGGCCGCUACCUAGCUCGACGCCUCGUCGAGAUCGGCGUCACCGACGUCUUCUCCGUCCCGGGAGACUUCAACCUCACCCUCCUCGACCACCUCAUCGCCGAGCCGAGCCUCAAACUCAUCGGCUGCUGCAACGAGCUCAACGCCGGCUACGCCGCCGACGGCUACGCCAGAUCCCGCGGCGUCGGCGCCUGCGUCGUCACCUUCACCGUCGGAGGACUAAGCGUCCUCAACGCCAUCGCCGGAGCCUACAGCGAGAACCUCCCUCUGAUCUGCAUCGUCGGGGGCCCGAACUCCAACGACUACGGCACGAGCAGGAUCCUCCACCACACGAUCGGUUUACCUGAUUUCUCCCAGGAGCUGAGGUGCUUCCAAGCAGUCACGUGCCACCAGUCCGUGAUCAAUAACUUGGAAGACGCGCACGAGCUCAUCGACACUGCGAUCUCAACCGCCUUGAAAGAGAGCAAACCUGUUUACAUAUCCAUCAGCUGUAACUUACCUGCGAUCCCUCUCCCUACCUUUAGUCGCCAUCCCGUCCCCUUCUCGCUCGCGCCUAAAGUGAGCAACAAGAUCGGUUUGGACGCGGCGGUGGAGGCGGCUGCUGAGUUCUUGAACAAGGCCGUGAAGCCGGUACUCGUCGGCGGGCCGAAGAUGCGUGUUGCGAAAGCUGCUGGUGCUUUCGUCGAGCUCGCUGAUGCGUCUGGGUAUGGUGUCGCGGUGAUGCCGUCUGCGAAAGGGCAGGUUCCUGAGCAUCAUGAGCAUUUCAUUGGGACGUAUUGGGGAGCUGUGAGUACUGCGUUUUGCGCUGAGAUUGUUGAAUCUGCUGAUGCGUAUCUGUUUGCGGGUCCCAUCUUUAAUGAUUACAGCUCCGUUGGGUACUCUCUGCUUCUCAAGAAGGAGAAGGCGAUCAUCGUGCAGCCGGAUCGGGUUACGAUCGGUAACGGACCUGCGUUUGGGUGUGUGCUGAUGAAGGAUUUUCUUAGCGGUUUAGCUAAACGAAUCAAGCAUAACAACACUGCGUACGAGAAUUACCAUAGGAUCUUUGUCCCUGAAGGGAAGCCUCUGAGGGAGAAUCCCAAGGAGCCUUUGAGGGUUAAUGUGCUGUUUCAACACAUUCAGAAUCUGCUUUCUGCUGAGACGGCUGUGCUCGCCGAGACGGGGGAUUCUUGGUUCAAUUGUCAGAAGCUGAAGCUCCCUGAAGGAUGUGGUUACGAGUUCCAGAUGCAGUACGGGUCGAUUGGUUGGUCUGUUGGUGCUACUCUAGGCUAUGCUCAGGCCAUACCGAACAAACGUGUCAUCGCUUGUAUUGGAGACGGGAGUUUCCAGGUUACCGCGCAGGAUGUGUCGACGAUGAUACGGUGUGGGCAGAAGACCAUAGUCUUUCUCAUCAACAAUGGAGGGUACACGAUUGAAGUGGAGAUUCAUGAUGGUCCUUACAAUGUGAUAAAGAACUGGAACUACACGGCUUUUGUUGAGGCUAUUCACAAUGGAGAAGGUAAAUGCUGGACUGCGAAAGUGAGGUGCGAGGAGGAGCUUGUGAAGGCCAUUAGCACGGCGACGAAUGAGGAAAAGGAGAGCUUUUGUUUCAUUGAAGUGAUUGUGCAUAAAGAUGACACAAGCAAGGAGCUUUUGGAGUGGGGAUCUAGAGUCUCUGCUGCUAACAGUCGUCCUCCAAAUCCUCAGUAGAGUUCGGAGAUGUCCUCAUCUUUUAUAUAUUUGCAAUUUGGUAGUUCCUUUGUGUUGCUUUAUGAAAAGUAGUUUGUAUCCUUAGGAGAAGAGCAGUGUGAGUCUCCUUGAGGAUAAAACUUUGAUUGCAAAAAUAAAAUUCGGUUAAACUUUGUGUGUAA